UUCAAUAUGGCGGCUUCUCCGAGAGUAUUAUCGAGGAAUCUUUCCAUCAAUUCGUUGUGUGAUUCUGGGCAUAAAACUCCACACAGACUUGCUAGUUUUUGUUUUAAAGAUAGAUCGUUGUACGACUAUCACCCAAAGGAUCAAUCAUGGCUGGUCCGACGUUCUUGGGCUAAAGGAAUUACUCAUUCCAGAAAGGUGACAAAUAUUCUGGCCAGCAGAGUUAUCACCCCCAUUACAGCAGAACUUCUCAGAAGUGUACAAUACGGAAAAGAGCAAUGGCUGCCUUUAACAAUGCGCAAUAGUCUUGUCAGCAAAAUUGAGGUUGCAAUAAUUGAUCCAUAUUCUACUGAUAAAUUGACUCUGGAACAUUUUCAAGUUUUCUGGCCUGGUGGAAAACCAAUCUGGACAAGUUUUCGAAGAAAUUUUAAAGGCCAGUUUCCACCUCAGAAAACCCGGCGGAACUGCUUUGCUGGUACCAAAGUAUGCAGUAAUCCCUGCCCCAUUUGUCAACUCAAAGCAGGUAGAAGGUAUGACUUGGUUUAUACGGAUGUGGGUUUGUUGUCACAGUUUAUCUGCCCUCAUACAGGAAUGAUUCUUCAAACGAGCAAAACAGGUGUUUGUCAAAAACAGCACAAACUCUUAACAAAGGCGAUUAUCGAAGCUCGAGAUAAAGGCCUGAUUCCUUUCACGGUACCUGGCCCAAGGGAUCCUCCUCGAGCCUUUCAAGCUGUCGGAGUACCGUCCAUGUUUAAAAACAGAAAAUAGAAAAUAAAGCUUUAAAAUAACCAAAUUGCGAUUUCGGCAGCCAUUCCUAAACAGUUAUUCGUUGCGUAAAGCUUUCCAUGACAAAAUAUCGACGGCACUGUUCAUGCGCUAAGGUUGGAAUAUAAUAAUAAAAAAAAAAUUAUGUUAAAAAGAA